GGGUUAGGAAGAGUGCUUUCGUCAGUAAUAAGAGACAAGCUGUGGUUUACUUAAGGUUUUCUCAUUAUUGCUGAAUGGCCGCAUCAAGUAGGUGGUAAAACACUGCUUCUGUUUCUAUGGUUCUGUUACAUACGACCUUGAUUACUUAGUUCAUCAUCUAACAACUUAUUAAUGAGGAACAGAGAAGCAACUAUUGAUUAAGUUUUUAUUUUUUUAUUGGAAACAAACUACUUAUGAAAAACAAAAAAAUCCAUUCAAACUCUUUUUGUUUUCAUCAAUCUACACAUGCUUGAAAAAAAAAAGUUAUUAGAACUAUUCUGAGGAGUUUAUAAUCUUCUUACAGAGAUAAUGGUGGAAAUUACAUUGACUAUUCACCUUUCGUCCGUGAUUACUGAAGCCACUUGUAGAAGAGUUGCUAAUAUUCACGUGUAUUAAAUUGUUUAGAGUACUUUAUUUUGUAUAUAUAUAUUUGUAUAUAUAUAAAAUUAAUAAUUGAAAGAAAAAAAAAAACAUUUUUAAACAAAUCAGACUUUUAAUAUUUUUUAAAAUUUCCGUUGAUCUCAUGAGGAGUAAGUGAUACUCAGCGAUUUUUGAGAAAUACUUGAAUUAUCAAGUUAUAUGCUAUGAAGUAUUGACUCUCAAUCAUUGUGGCUUUUUUUUUUUUUUUAAUACAUCAACCUUCCCCAAACCUUGAACUCUUCACCCAACACUUUUUACCGCGUUUCCUAGAGACCAACUGCUUCUUAUGAUAGCCUUACGGCAUGCUUAUCUUGUUGACGGAUGACUUAUAGUACUAUAAAUUUCUCUAGAUCAUCUUCCUAUAUGAACAUCGCCGUUAGGAAAAACUAAAUGGCUCAUUUACCAUUUGGACACUAUAGAAACCCUGAUACUUUGGACAGCUCUAUGCCGUCUGUCAGUUCUAUGCCACUGAACUCUCCACCUGACAUAAAACCAGACAUAUCCUCCCUAACACCGACUAGUUCACAUGGACAUUACUUUGGAUUUGGACAUGGCAUGCCCCCUCAAAUGCCUGCAUCAGUUCCUUCGGCGAUGCCCUCUUUACCAACUUCGUUACAUUCAAAUAUGUCAUCAUUGGGCUCAAACCACAUUUCCUCACAGGGUCACAUGCAUUCGCCUCCAUUACAAUCCCCACCUUCGUCCAGCCUAGGGUCGCCACCUAUGAUGUCACUUAGUCCUGGUUCAGCCAGCUCACCACCUCAUAUGUCUGGCUCUUUCUCCAGCAAGCAUAUUUGCGCCAUAUGUGGAGACCGAGCAUCCGGUAAACACUACGGUGUUUAUAGUUGUGAAGGCUGUAAAGGGUUCUUCAAGAGAACUGUGCGGAAAGACCUUACUUAUGCUUGCCGUGAUGACAGAAACUGUAUCAUUGACAAACGGCAAAGAAAUCGAUGUCAGUAUUGUCGUUAUAUGAAAUGUUUGGCUAUGGGAAUGAAACGAGAAGAUGUGUCAAGACAGGGGAAAGAACGAGACUUUAAAGCUGUUCAAGAAGAACGUCAACGUGUGAAAGAAAAAGGAGAAGGCGAAGUAGAGAGCACCAGCAGUGCAAAUGUUGAUAUGCCUGUUGAACGAAUCUUAGAAGCUGAAUUAGCUGUAGAACCAAAGAUAGAAACAUAUAUUGACACCCAGAAGGAUCCGGUGACCAAUAUCUUUCAGGCUGCUGAGAAACAGCUUUUUACUCUGGUCGAAUGGGCCAAACGAAUUCCCCACUUUACUAAAUUGUCUCUUGAUGAUCAAGUGACAUUGUUGAGGGCAGGCUGGAAUGAGUUGCUAAUUGCUGGUUUCUCUCAUCGUUCUAUACCUGUCAAAGACGGUAUCUUGUUAGCCACUGGCAUUCAUGUUCAUCGAAGUAGUGCACACCAUGCUGGUGUAGGUACUAUUUUUGACAGAGUUCUUUCUGAACUGGUAGCCAAAAUGCGGGAAAUGAAGAUGGAUAAAUCAGAAUUAGGAUGUUUACGAGCAAUAGUGCUCUUCAACCCUGAUGCUAAAGGCCUAGUUUCAACACAAGAAGUUGAAUCUCUGAGAGAAAAGGUUUAUGCUAGUUUAGAAGAAUAUUGCAAAUGCCAAUACCCAGAAGAAACUGGCCGCUUUGCCAAACUGUUAUUGCGUUUGCCUGCACUGAGAAGCAUUGGACUAAAGUGUCUGGAGCACUUAUUUUUCUUCAAACUUAUAGGGGACACUCCAAUUGAUACAUUCUUGAUGGAAAUGUUAGAAACUCCCAGUCCUCAAACAUAGACAUUUUAUAAAAGACGUAAAGUUGAAAAAUGUGAAACUUGCCCAACACCAGCCACACACAUACUACUUCUGCGACCGUUAUUCCACAUCCUCCAGUUGGCUUCAUGAAAUGAAGGCAGCAGAUAACCAAAUUAUAUUGUUCUGCUACUCUAAUUUGGGUCAACUGUGUUCGGGAUUGGGAUAAUUUCCAUGUAAAUCUCCCCACCCACCCUUUCAUCCACCAGGCUGUAUCGUCUCCUAUAAUCCUGGUGCAUAUUUGAAGCUUCCUAUGAAAUUCUUUUUGUUUCCCUAUCCAUAUUGCUGAUUUUACUGCUGCUCCAGACAUAUUACUUUUAUAUCUAGCCAACCUUACCUGAAACAUUGUCUGCUCAACAUUAAGGAAGGCACUAAAUGAAAUCACAGCAACAUUCUAUUUGUUUUUUGUUUAACUCAAUCCAUCUCCAACUGCUUACUUUCAGAUAGCGAUUUCUACACAUUUUCAUUUGUUAUAUCUUGGUGUAUAUAUGUGAAAGUAAUUCCAUUAUUCUUAGGUGAUUUCACUUCAUCAAAUCUCAUUUGGUUGCUUCUUUCCUCAACAGACAAUUGUUGAGAAUGCUUCUUUGCUCAUUCUUAAUGCACGGAAAGAGUUAAAAGAAGUAAUUCAUUAUGUUGGCAUAGCUAAUUAAACUCUCUUGCAUUUUACUUUCACUGUAAUUUAUUUCUUGCCUUUUAUCCGAGUGAUUGUCCUAACCACAUAAUUGUAACUGUGUUCAUCUGGUUGCAAUGCUGCCAAUCACUUGCACUGAACAUAAACAACUGACAAAGUAAGAAACGUACCUGAAAUCUGUUAUGCCAGAGAUCUGAUAGCAUCUGUGAAAUAAAUCUGCCAAUCCUCUCUACCCUUUACACAAUCUCUCAUCUGAUACUUUGAUCUCAUUUAUUGCCUAAACUUUUGCUUUUGGACAUCAAGUUUAGCAUCUCCAUGAGAUAUUCUAUAUUGAAACUGGCUUAUUGAUUUUAAGUGUUUUAGUAAGUUAAAUGUUUUGUUUACUGUGCUUCUAAACUUUUAAUUCUGAAGUUUAGUCAUGGUCAAAGUUCAAAACAAACUCCAGUGUGGAUACCAAGAAUAGAAUAUUAUAAACAAAGCUAAAUAAAGAUGUCUUUCUACUACUGUUAAAUUUGUUCUAUGUGCCACUUUGAAAACUAUUACCCUUCAAAUGUCUCCAUGGUGCUCUCCCCACUUUCUGCUUCAUUUUAUCACAAUUGACUUUCUGAGUUAAUUUUCACAGAAAUUGAAGUAAAUAAUGACCUCCCUUGUCACAUCAGCUUGCUGCAGUAAAGUUAGGCCAGAUUUGGUAUAUGUGCAAAAGUGAUUUAAAAAGUUAAAUUUCCUUUUGGGUUCAGUUCAGGACUAUUUUAUAACUUUAAAUAUCCGAGCUGGAAGGGAGUGGACAAAGUUACAUCUGGCCUCUUGAAUUAAAAUUCUCUUGCCAUUCUGAACAGGUAUUAUUUUGCACCAAUCAAAAAAUAAAAAAAAUAAAUAAUCCUUGAUCCUAAUUGUCCAGUAUUGUUAACACUUGCCCUAUAUCAGCAACAAAAUGUAUUUGUAAUAAAAGAUUAUAUAAUCAGUGUA